AUGCGGGACGCGGGUGGCGGCUGUGGCGGCGGGGGGCGGCGGGCGGUGCGGGCCCUGCUGCGCCUCAGCGACCGCGGCGCCGCCCCGGAGAGCCGGGCCCCGGGCUGCGGCUGGGAGGAGGCCGUGCAAGGCUGGGGUACCGCCGAUCCACUUGCUUGCUUUCAGCUGCAAAAACAGAUCAAGAAAUCAAAGGCAAGUGAAACUUCCAACAAUUGCCUGCUUUGCUUAGACAUGUUGCAAGCUACUGACAAAUGUUCAGGCCAAGAAGUCAAGACUACAAGAAAUCAAUCAAAAUCAGAAAGCAAGUUAAGCGUAGAGGCUGAUACUGCUUCAGAAGAGAUUUCAAUCUAUUCUAGUAAGUCUAACUGUUCUACAACAUAUGGCAGUAAAACAGAAAUACGUAACAAAAAGGUACACUCUUUCAGAACAUGCCAGGGUGAAAAGAAGAACCUGCCAAUAAAAGAAUACUGUAUGUGGAACCUAGAAGAUGUGAAAAAUCCAGAUGCUGUAAAGCAUAAAACGAUAAAACCCCAGGCACUUGAUGUGCUUGAUCCAAAUGGCUGUGAAUCUUUGACUUCAAAAUCUUCACAAGUACUUCCACCUGUGAAACAUGCCACUCCCAAGGAUACUUCAGACCCUUCCUGGAAGAACAAGCAAGCCAUUAUCCUUCUGAACACACUCAAUGGUACUUCAGUUGAGAUUGCUUCCUGCAGUCAUGACGCUAAAGGAACAGAGCAAAAGGGUAAAAAAGGAGCUGACACCAUGAAUGAUAAAAUGAAGGAAAAAGGAGAAAUUCAUGAACCAUCAGCAUUUUUCUCAAGUCAUUCAGAGGUCUCCCUCCUGCAGGAAGAUCCUGAACAGUUAUCCUGGGACUGUGCUCUUACAUCUGACAGAAGUAUUGCAACCAUUCCUAAUCCUAUUGCUUCCAAAAAGAACAUUCAUCACGCUUGUAUGCAGGUUCCACACACAAAAGGAAUACAAUACACAAAACAUGACAUCCGAGGCUCUUUAACCUACAAUGCCAGGAACAGGUAUGCUGAGGUCAAGGAAGGAAACAAAUCAAAAAUGCAGGCGGCUCCCCUGCUUUCUGGACUAUUACCUUCCCUAAAGGCCACUCACACUGCAAGAGCUGAACUGCCACCUAGACUGAACUAA